GUCACAUCAGAAUUGCCGUAAUUGCGUCAUGACGCGCUGUACUACAUGAGCGCAGUUUAAUUCACGUAUUUAGGUAAGUAGCUGGAUAAAAUGGCGUCUACGUGGAAAAUAUAUUUAAUGGUAGUGCAGUUUAUCGUCUUGUGUAUCCUGACCAACACCCAGUCGAGACAAAUAACCACGGAGACUGUAGUGCUGAAUGUGACAGCGGUUGAUGUAAUUCAGACAAAGUACAAUGUACAGAUCAACUUGACUUUAGAUCUCUGGGACAAUGAAACAUUCAUUAAUGGAGCUCCUAUUAAACAUUCAGAAGUCACAAGGAUGAAAAGUCCUGUUCUGCUGUUGGAUGGCUAUAAUGGGAGCUCUAAGACAGCAGGCGAGUUGGUUAGCAGUGAGCUGAGGUUGAUGCUGAAUCGCUCGUAUAUUCAGAGUGAUGUUGGAGAUCAGGUUCAGUUUCUCGUCCUGAGUCAACAGAUAAUCCAGCUGGAGGAUGAAAUGGUCCAUCAGCCAGACAUCUUUGAAGUGGAAAUCCUGUGGAACCAGACCGCUGAAGAGAUCACACAUGUGAUCAAUGCUUACCCUUCAUCAGCAAGCAAGAUCUCAGCCAUCCCACUAGAGAAUGACAUCUUGGUGACUGACACGUCCAUACACAGUGAAGGUGAAGACCAAGUGCUUAACACCACCAGCCACUAUCUGUAUAAAAACGCUGAGACUACCCAGGAAGAGAUCGCAGCUCCGGGGAAACUUCCAGAAACGCCCUUGCGGAUGGAUCCAGAUACCCUGUACGAGUUGAGAGAGGAAGAGGAAGGGAAUUCUGAUUACAUCCUGCCUGAGGUUCCUCUCCGAGGUUCCAUGACUUCUUACAGCGUGGUUUGCCAGUGGAUUGAGGAGGUGAGGGAUAAACUGAGGCGCUUCUGGUCGGAUUCAGUCCCACUUUUCUUCUUGAUCAUGUGGGUGGUGGUGGUUGGUGUUGCAGGCUCUGCCGUCAUCAUUAAGAUCUUGGAUCUUCUGUUUCCCUCCUGUGAACACAGGGGAUUUUUUCAUCUGAAUCCAGAGACUCUAAUGCCAGAUGAUGAAAAACAGUGUUUAGUAGAUAACAUGGAGGUAGAGGGAGGAGCAACAGAAAAGCAUAUUUUAAUAGAGAAGUGAUUGCGAUGAAUGUUUUCAUCAAUUUGGUUAUGUGGCUUUAUUUGGUUAAGGACACCAAUGACUUUAGUGUAGCACUUUAAAGACAAAUUCUGCAACAUUUCCUAAUGAAACAGAGUUCUAUUUUCACAUUAUCAGACGUUUAUCGUUUUGUUUUCAUUGCUGCACUGUGCUGAAAGAAAGAAAAGUGUACAUUUAUUGAAAUGUGCACAGCAACGGCAUGUUGAGCUGGACUUGUUUUUGACCACUUUGGUAAAGAGGAUAUUACUGGCACCCAUGGGGUAUGAUACCAUUGAAAAAAAAUUGGUAAAGUUAAAAAUUAUGUCAACAAAAAAUAUUAAAUGCAGCUGAUUUUGAUCUAUUCUUUACUGUUUUUAUAAGUGACCUGUAUGAACUUUUAUUGCUUAUUUGUCUUUAAUAGUAUUUGUGUCUUUGUUUCAGCAUCAGAUAUAGAUGUGGCAUUAAGCAUGCAUAUUACUGGCAACGUGUGCCCUGCAUUACUUUUUACCUGCAUUGGAUGAUUUUGACAUUAUUUUAAUCUGUGUUCAAUCUUUUCUUGAAUGUUGUUUAAUAUUGUUUGAAGCACUGUACUGUAGUGUUAUUUUGUAAAGACAAAGGAUUUUAUGAACAUUUACAUUUCCGUUGGACUCCCUUUCAUUGAAGCCCUGAAUAGCUACUGGCAUUUGAUUAAAAAAAAGACAGCGUUUAGUUUGUAUAUCAGCAUGGAAAUAUGUUUUUCUUCACGGUUUGUUACAUCAGUAAAUACUGCACAAUAAAUGGGUUCGUCUCA